UUUUUUUUUUUAAGCGAACUUACCACAACCGAUGAACCAACCGAAAGGAAUUAAUAUCCUCAUCACUGGAACCCCUGGAACGGGGAAGACUUCCUUGGCGGAGACUCUCGCUCAGGAUCUGGAUGGGUUUGAACACAUCGAAGUUGGAAAAAUCGUGAAGGAAAAUCACUUUUACACCGUUUAUGAUGCCGAGCUCGAUACGCAUCUUAUCAGCGAGGACAACGAGGAUCGCCUUUUGGAUUUUUUGGAGCCGGUGAUGGUGGAAGAGGGCCAUCACGUGGUGGAUUAUCACAGCAGCGAUCUUUUUCCCGAGCGAUGGUUCCACCUCGUGGUGGUUUUGCACGCCUCGACGGAGGUGCUUUUCGAUCGUCUGACUGCGCGCGGGUAUUCUGAAGCGAAGCGGGCGGAAAAUAUGGAGGCGGAGAUUCAGUGCGUUUGUGAGGAGGAGGCCCGACAAUCGUACCGCGAUGAGAUUAUAAUGAUCGUGAUAAACGAUACCCUCGAUCAGCUCGCCGCCACCGUUGACAGGAUUCAGGAAGUAGUGAACGAAAUCAAAGCCUCCCGUGGUCUGUAA